AUGCCACCCUCUCAUCAACGACAUCGUCGAUCCCCUUUCAAACGCACUUCAUUCCGUCGUACCUCGUCGGGUUCGAGUUCUCUGAGGUCAUUUUCGCAGGUCCAGGCUCGUUCUGAUACUCACGUUCAGGCUUCGUUCGCAAACUCCGAGAUAUCGGGAUGGGAGAAAGAUGAUGGGUUGAUUCGAAAUGUGGAGACGGAUAAAUAUUCUGUUAGUUUUCGGCCUGCGGUUACGGUGACGCUUUGUCGAGAUGAGGUGGCGGUGGUGAGGAAGGUGGAUGGAGGGACUUCUCAGUCGCGAAAUCAAUCCCAUGUACUCCGGUGUGAAAAUGAAGGAGGGGUGGAGGGGAGAGAUAUAAGUUUUUCUGCAAGUAGUGUGUAUUCUAUCAAUACGCUUGGAUAUGCCACUGCGGAUCCUGGUAAAGAUAUAGAUAAUGGUUCGUACAUGUCUUGUUCAUCUAUCCCAACGGUUCCGGAACUUUCGCUUGAGAUGUCCACGUCGACUUUGACUUCAAGAUCUGAGGUUUCUGUUUCUGAUGCUUUGGGUUUGAAUGUUAUAAGGAGAAGUGAUAGGGGAAUGGGGAUAUCGAUAGCGAAUAUAUGUAUGGAGAGGUGGAAAAAUUUUGAAAGGGCGAGGGGAUUUCUAGGGGAUUGGAGAAUGGGGGAUGGGGGUGGAGAUGGAGAGGAAAGGGAAAGGGAAAGGGGAAAUGAAUUAAGAAAUAGGAAUGAGAAUGGGAAUGGGAAAGAAAAACGUGAGAAGAAAAUAAGGUCUUUUCUGAGGAAAUACUGUCUUCAUCCUUUUAGUAUGAGGAGUAGUUUUCGCUUGGUAGGGUGGAUUGAGGAUCCGAUUGGUAGUUGUGUGGGUCACGACACAGCCUAUGCGACGGGAUAUGCGACGGGAUAUGCGACGGGAUAUGCGACGGGAUAUGCGACGGGAUAUGGAGAGGUAAGAACGGGGUAUGCAUAUGGAGGGGAAAUAGGAGAUGCGAGGUUAUGGGAUGAAGCGAGACGGAGCGGAUGGGAGGGGGGACUGUAUUGA